GUGAAGGCUCAACAGGCGAAGCUGUUGCCCCACCUCUCUGGCCACGGCGAUGGUGUGCCACGCUUCACACACUCCAUCGCGCUGAGGAACAAUGUGACCAGCGAAGCCUUGCUACAGGGUGUUGACUGCCAUGCACCACUGAGGGAGUUUGGCUUUGAGAACAUCUCAGCGAUUCUCCCUGCUUUGUUCACGGCCAUGUGUGGGCGAGAGAAGCCUUUGCCAGUGGAGCGGAUUCGAGUGGAGCCAAAGUGGGUGACGUCGCGCUUCGCGCGGAAGCGCUUCAAGAAGAAACAGCACAGCUGGUUAGAUGGGAUCCAGGCGGCCAUGAUCCGGAGCGAUCGCUUCAUCGAGCUGGUGAGCGCUGGAACGCGAAUCUCGCGGAAGGACAUCGAGCGGUUGUCGCCCAAGGAAUUCGCGGAUGCUUUGACUGGUGUGGAGUUGGAGGAGCCCUUUCCCGUGGAGGUGGAGAAGCUGCAUCCUCCUCACAUGCAGUACUUAUGCUUCCCAAGUCGGAGAGCCUACCUGAAUCCGCCGGAAGAUCCCACGCAAAACCUCUACGUGCCUUUGCCCUUGGAUGAGGAGACACGGAACGAUCUGCAGCUACAGAAGAUUUCGUUCGUGAUGUGCAACCUGCGGCAGCAGCUGCAGCUUCAAGCUCGCCCGGAUGAGUGGCCGGACUCCUCCAAGCCACUGUGGUGUGGCAAACACAGCCAGCGACGCUUCCUCCGGCCCGGCGAUGAGCACGAGGUCUUGGACAUCCACGACCUGGACGAGGACACGCUGCCUGUGCGCUUCCAUUGGCGCUCGGAGCUUCGGUUGGGAAGCCACCUGGCGUGUGAGAGGAUCGCGCAGGACUUGCUGCCGAAUGAGCCAAGCUUUGCGGAUAAUUUCCUCCACGAGUCCUUGCGGAGCCUGCUGGAUGAGGAGAGCACCAUCCAGGAAUUGGACCUGCGAGGGAACGGCCUGACGCGGGAGGACGUGAACUUGCUCUUGGAUUUGGUCUCGAGCCACAAGAGCCUGGUGC